AUGAUGAAGCUUAAGGCCUUUCCGCAAGGAAACUCUUUAUUUCCAUCAACAAUUCGGCCAUUUCCUGCAAGUUUUGGGAGCACAGCAAUUCAUCCAGAACCAUCAAUUUUUACUCCUGAACAGAUUGUUAAAACUUGCGAGCAACUUGAAGAGGCUGGAAAUAUAGGCGAAUUAGCUACGUUUUUAUGGCGAGUUUCACAGCAGGCCCACAAUGAAGAAGUUGCAAAUGUUUUACGCAAUCAUGAUUCGGUACUUAAAGCAAAAGCAUUAGUAUGCUUUCACAUGGGCAACUUUCAAGAAAUGUAUCGAAUCCUAGAAUCGCAUAAAUUUGGCGAAGCACAUCGGCCUAAAUUGCAGGCGAUGUGGUAUGAAGCACGGUAUCAUGAUGCCGAGAAAUUACGUGGAAGACCACUAGGCCCAGUGGAUAAGUAUCGUGUGCGUAAGAAGUUUCAGUUGCCGCAUACAAUUUGGGAUGGCGAACAAAAAAAUCAUUGUUUCAAAGAAAAAACUAGGAACCUGUUACGAGAAUGGUAUUUGAAAGACCCGUAUCCAAACCCGGGUAAAAAGAAGGAGCUUGCUUCGAUGACGGGCUUAACGGCAAUGCAGGUUGGAAACUGGUUUAAAAAUAGGCGACAGCGCGACAGGGCUGCAGCAGCUAAAAACAAGUAA